ACGUGAUUGGGUUAAUAAAUGGAGAAAGAGUAAUAAAUAAACGAGAAGGGAAGGAAGAGUGACAAUAUAUAUAUAUAUAUCAAACUAUAGUGUGAGGGAUAUUGUAGUAGUAGGAGGAAAUAAGUGUGAGGAGUCUAUAGAAUGAGAGUGUGACAUACACAUUAUAUACAUAUGCGUACGUACACAUACACAUUUGGAGACAGACAGAAAUAAAGUGGUGACAGUCGGAAAAUCGGAUGUCAGUGACAUUUAAAUGAAAACACUAGGCGUUCAUGACCAUCACAUAGGAAGUAAACAUUGAUGUAGAUAAAUCAAUACGUUUAACCAAUCUUGUUCCUCAUGGGUUGUCACUCUACGUUAUUGUACAGUGUUUCUGUUUAGUUGUCUUACAAAUCUUUGUAGAUCACGUUACUCAAUCCGAACGGAGUUAAAAAGAAUAACUAAAGCUAAGUGAGAAGCAAGCAAGUUACAACUUAAAUUUUAUCGACAUGAAAUUUAAAUACAAGGAGGAGAACACUUUAGCGGAGCGUCAAGCAGAAUCUUCAAGAAUUAAAAGGAAAUAUCCAGAACGAUUACCAAUUAUUGUUGAAAAAUUGCCUCGCUCACAUAUCCAGGCACUGGAGAAAAAGAAGUUUCUGGUACCCAGUGACCUUACUGUUGCUCAAUUCAUGUGGAUGCUCCGCAAAAAGAUCCAGUUGCCCUCUGAAAAGGCAAUUUUCUUAUUUGUGGGCAGAAUGCUUCCUCAGUCUAGUGCUAACAUGGGCCAAGUAUAUCAAGAACAUAAAGAUGAAGAUGGCUUCUUGUAUGUUGCAUACAGUGGGGAAAACACAUUUGGCUUAUCAGAAUAUACCUUACCACUUUCUCUUGUAUAGUGCAUAUUAUUGUCUGGGGGACAAGCCAUACAUUGCUCUAGAACAUGGAUGUUAUUCACAUUUGUAGACAGUGCAAGCAUGUACAACAAAUCUGAUUCUGAAUUGCCUUCUUUGUUGCUUAGUUGGCACAAUAAUCCAUGCCUGAAAGUUUGCAUGGAACAGUAUGAAGGGAAUGAACUUUUUUUCAACAAAAAGCUUAUGAAUAGUGAUUAUUGAGCAUUUCCUUUUAAAACAUAUGCACAAAUACUCUAUCUACACAUACGUGCAUACAUAUAUACAUUUUUCUUUUAAAAUCUGAUUUAAUGCUGGCCAGUAUCUGGCUUAGUUUGAUAAAAUGCAGAGAAGCUUUUUAUCAUGGAGUGUAUGACUUCUUGAAUUUUUUUUUUGUGACUGAUCAUCAUUCAGCUCAAUCAAAUUAAGAGGGAAGUGAAAGGGGGUGGGGUUUAAAAAGAUUACAUUUUAAAAUGUGUAUGUGUGUGUGUGCAUGUUUUAUAUAAGAUAAAAACAAUGAUUUUUGCAAAAGUAAAAAAAAAAAUUGAAUGUGUGGAUCUGGGAAUGUUUUUCAUAUGAAAUACUUCCAUAAAUAGAGUAAGUUUCUAUGAUUUUUAGUUAAGUUUGAGUAAGCUAUUGUGUAGAAGAAAGCUUUGGGUAUGAGGUGAUUGUUGUCUAUUAAUGACCUGAAGAGUGGAAUAAAGCAAAAUAUCAUUAACUAUCAUAGUGCUUACUUUGUUACACCGAAGUAUUGCUUGUGAAUCUGUUUUUGCAUUGACAAAAUGUUUAAUUUCUACAAAUGAAAACUUUUCCAACUGCUGAUGCGCCAUCUUUCCAUUAUUCAUCUUGUUAUUGCUUUAAAAACAUUUAUUUUUUACUGUAAUUACUGUACUAUAUAUAUAUAUACAUACACACACACACACUAUAUAUAUAUAUAUACAUAUAUAUAUAAUCAUUCUAUUCCUUGAUGUGAUGAAAUAUUGCUUGGCUGUGAAAUUUACAAUGAUUGGAGGGAAAAAAUACCUUGGGUUACUGUAGUGUACACAAAUUUAGUUGCAGAAAUAAAUAAUAAUUAUUUUGAUGAUAAUAAUCAUAUUAAUUGCAAUAAUUUUUAACUUCUUUGAAAUUUGAAAGGGAAACCUCUUUUGUUAUGUUAAACUGCAAGAUGCAAAAAACGAUUAGGAUAAUAGAAAACUAGCCUGUUUCUUUCAUUCUUUCACAAUCAUGGAAAAAAUAAUAAUAAUAUAGAUGUUUUGAUGGAACACUUAAGUAUUCAUCGAAACACAACUUGCACUUCAUCAGUUGAAUUUGGAUAAAAAUAUUUGCAAAAAUUUUUUUUUUUUUUUAUUAAUAUUAGCAGAAAUGAUUGAACCUCAGACUGAAUGCCUUAGUUUUGUUUUCUCCACUCCCAUUUUAAGCUUAAAAUAUCACCGGUCUCUUACAGCAUUCGUCCCUCCAGGAUUAAUAAAAUAAUAUACCAGGUGUAUAUUAUGAAUUAGAUAAUUGUUAAAAUAUUGUGCCUAUGUCAGAAAAUAUUAAUUUCACUGGUGCCUCUAACUCACUAAUGAAUUAUUAACAAAAUCUUAAAUAUAGAAGUUUUUAGCUUUUUGAAUAUAUUUUCUUUGGCAUAUGAAAUAAUUAUGAAGAAUGAGAUUUAUUAGACUGGUAUGUUUUGGACUGUGUCCAGUGAUGCUCAAUGCAGUUUGAUCAUCCAUUCAUUUUUAUCAUAAUUUGCUCAAACCUUCAUGAAAAAAAAAAUAAUUGAUGCUAGAGGUGAUUGAAUGGAAUCCAGCAAUAUGUAUCCCUUCAGCCAUGAUAGUUUGUCCAGAUCUUAAGGUAUUAGGAGGUUUGAUGUUGAAGCUACUAGUGUACUGAUAGGAGGAAAAAAUGUCACUUGGCAAGGAUAGUCUUAUCAGUGUCUUAACCUUAUAAAUGGAACAAGGGAAAAGCUACUGUACAUGCUCAGGGUCAGAAAGAUGUACUAUGAAAGCUUUGAGUAGAAAAGCUGCAACCCUUCCGGUUCUGCUACAAAGGAUGAAAAGUGGAAAAGAGCUGUUGCUCUAUCUUUAGUUGAGAGAGCAGUCUGGUGAAGAUGCAUCAUUAAAAUUAUCAGCAAUUUAAUUUAUGCAAAAAGUAAUUGCUAAAUUGCCAAUUCUAAAACUGCUGCAUCAACUAAUUGUUCAGUGUCCUGAUUCCUGAUAUGUCAUCAAUGCUUCAAUAGUAUACAUACUUCACAAUAAAAUAAAAACUUUUAGAAUAACUAUUUAAUAGUGGCAAGAGCCUGAGGUGUUGAGAACAACUCAAGAACAGGAUUCAAAAUUGUGGGAGUUUCCCAUCAAAUAAGAAGAGUGAACCAGAGAUAACAAAGAAAAUGUCUGCAACAUAGGAGGGAAAACUGAAUUCCACUUGAGGAACUUCACAGGUGUGGAGUUCUCUCCUGGCUGUCCAGCUUUGUUCCACUGCUGCAUACUGAGAGCAGGCCUACUAGCAAAAAAAUAUUUACUUGUGGUCACAACUUCAGUCUUUACUCUCAUCUUGUAGACCUUGGAAACAUCAAUGUGGGUAUGCACUGUCAGCAGUGCAUACAUCUCAGACUGACCUAGCUUCUAUGCCUGUCAUGUUUAUCUCAAAUUGGUAAUGUCUCCUAGUAGCUCUGCCUGGUCAGUGAUUUCUGAAUGUUGUUGCAUGAGAUAAAGGUCAUGGAUGGAUCUGUCCAAGUUCAAACAGUUCUUCAUUUCCCUGACUGCUUUUCUGUCAACAAGGGCCAAACUCAUUGCUAGUACUGGCAAAAAUCAUAAACUUUGUGUUUGAGAGUAACGAACCAGAAAUGAAUUACUUCUCUUGUUCACAUCCUUCCUUAGUAGUGUUGCAACUCUUCAGGUCACAGAGCUUGUCAUUCCCCUGUUCUUUUGCCAGUUAUAGUAGACAUUGGUGAUCCAAAUGGGGUGUAUAUAUGUAAGACUUGUAGAACAGACCAUCUAAAUCAGGUAACUUGUCUCUUACACAAUCACUUAUCACUAGCUGCAUCUCAGCUACUGUUAUCAGCUUUUUGCAACAUUUGCACCAUCUUCCAAAGCUGUGAGAAGCUGUUAAAUUAUGCACUAAUGUCUACUGCCAUCUCCAGUCCACCACUCACUCUGAACAGUUGCUCAAAGAAUUGCACACAUCUGCUUGAAAUUAAUACACACCUGUCCUAGUCUGCGAAAGAUUGAAAUGUGACUUUUGUGUUUCUUGUUGAAAAACUAGACACUGCUGGCAGAGAGAAUAGCUCUUGACUUUCUUUAUUACUUCUAAUUUGUUUAGUAGCUUCUACUUUAAUCUAGUUCUUUCUCUUGCUACUUCAUUACUAAAUGUUAUUAACUCUAAUUAAGUGCUCUGCCACCAAUUGUUGAUGAUUACACCAUUAACAAAUGCUUGAGUUGCUGAGCUGGUGGCUGUAGGUUUUGUUUGCUGGAAACAGUGUUCAGCUAUGUGUAAAUGGGCAUCUGUUUUAUUUAGGCCAACUAUGCAGAUCACACAUUUGUGUUCUGUGUAGUUGAUUAGUUGAAAUUGUGGCAACAUUACACUAUAUUCUGACCUUACACCCUAUAUAGGUACUCUGACAGUAUCACUUUCAUUGCUGCUAACAUCCAAUAGCACUGACUUGCUGUCUGGUUUCUAAGAAGAUUGUAUCUUGAAAUUCAAGUCUAUCUGAAAUGCUGCCAUUCCAUCAACCAAUUCUAGCUAACCAUAAGAUGUGUGCAUCUUGUUAGAGAUGGGUGCAAGUGCAUCUGUCCUGGAAAUUCUGAUCUUGCUGAUGGCUAUCACAUCUACGUCUAGUGACCUUGCUUCUGGGCUGUCUCCGGGCCACCUACAUUUAUACAUUACGAGUAUGGCUAUGUUAGAGAAAAGAAUGUAAGAAAGAGAAAAACUAGGGAUGCAUAAUCUGGUUUUAUGAGAAAAGGGAUUCUUGGAAGACUUCUGAAAAUGUUUUAUCUUUGAAGUUUUGUAAAAAAAAUCUCAAUGUCAUGAGAAUUUAUCUUUUACAAACUUGUAGAUAUGAUACCUUCACCCAUUGUCUGUAUUUGAAGUUUUUGGGGAUAAAUUCCUCAAAACCAUUUUGUUUGUAUUUAUUUUUGUGUUGUGAUAGGCCCUCCACCAGCUCACUAUUGUUUCUCUUAACAACAGUGAAGUUGUUGAGGUUUUGGUUUUUGUGUUUAUUUUUGUCGAGAUGGUGUGGUUGUGUAACUGUUUGGUCUUUCUGCUCCCUUGUUAACCCUUCUAGUUUCGAGAUUGAGGUGGCCUUUUCUCCCUUCAACAAUAAACCCUUUACAUCUGGUUUGUUUCAACCUUGUUGCAUGAUGUCUUGGAGUCAUAGGAAAGCGGUACAUGUUUAUGUUUUGUUGGAUUUUUGUGGUACUGUUGUUGUAGAUGUUUCUAUUGGUGUAGUUUGUGAACUUUCAGAACUCUCCUAUUCUUCUCUUGUUCAGAUUGAGUGGCUACCACUAGGCAUUGGUGAUAAAGUUGCUUGGUGCUGGGAAAAUUGACACUUAUAGUUAAAUUAACAGCAUAGCCACAAGUUUUUUUCCUUGUCUUGGUCUUCUUGCUUCUACCUCAGUCAUGUCUGUGAGAGCAACUGUUAUGGUGGUGACUGACAAGGCUAAGGUUGUCUGCAUUGAAAGUGGCAGACUCGCCUCUCUGACCAGUCUCUGUUGCUGAACAGCAGAAUAGGAACUCACAAGAAUAUAUCUAAUCCCAAAUGGGUUAAGAAGCUGAUUUUACCAAUCAGCACUUUGAAGUCCUGGUUCUGCAACUAAAGGGCAGAUGGUAACUUAAGACUUGUGGUGCAAAGUGAAAUGUCAUAUCUAUGUGGAGACAAUAAUAAUAAUGAUAAUGAUAUAAAAAAAUACAAUAUUCAACAAAGGGUCAUAAUGAUUGUGGUCCAUAGGAAAACUUAAAAUUAAGAUAAAAUACCCAGCACCUAUAGAACACUUUGUAGAAAUAAACAAAUAUACACACGAACACUAAAACAUUCACAGAUAUUAGUGAGUAUGCAUGUAAAUUGUAAAAGUAUUAGUAGGUUGGUACUUAAUACUGGUGGUUGUAGAAGUUAAAAAGAUGAAAGACAAAUAUUUAUCCCAUCAUAAGUAGGACACCGAUAUAUCUUGAGUUACUUUCUCAGCAGUUCCAGUAACUGUACUUGACAGAUAGAUGGACUGUAACAGGUAGAAUGAAAUGUCCAGAUCAUAGACAACGAAACAUCUGCUGCAGAAAUGAACUUGUCGGGAAUCUUGAAUUGGUGGCCCAGUAUUAACUAACAUUCCUGGAAUUAUUACACAUGCGUAAAUUACAUGCAGUGAUUUUGCUCAAACAAACAAUAGGCACUCUGCAGCAAACAUCAAUGCUUACUUAGCUCACUACUUGUAAGCCCAUACAAGCUAUUCAUGACAAAUCAUUUUCAGUGUGCUUUAAUGUUCAUUCAAGUUUGUGUAUGCAUGCAUGGGUUGUGUGAAUGUAUGAGUACAAAUAAGCUCUUUUAUGGGGCAUGUGAUAUUAAUAACAGGUUUCUUGAUGCUUUUUUUUUCCCUAAUAGCAAAUAUAACUUUGUGUUAUAUACAAUGGAGUUUAUAUUAUAACCAAUGUCCAUAAUUUUGCUUAUGUACUCAUUUUAAGUAUGUGUAGUGUGUCACUCCUUUUCGAGAUUCAUUUGUAUUGACCAUAAUGAACAGAUUUUAUUUUAAAUAUGAAGUAGUUAGGACAUGUUAUAAUUAUAGUAUGACAUCAUAGAUAUACUACAAUCUGCUAUAAUAGUAUGAUUAUAGCCGUACUAUACUCAUGUUAUAAUCAGCUAUCCAAUCUUAUUUCACCAUUAAAUAGAUGAACUACAGUUGAGAUGAUAUUAGCAAUUUUUCAUAGCAGUUCUUGUAAACCAAAACAUUGGACCUUUAUUUUUACACAUUUCAUGGCAUGUGUUUUAAGAGAUAAAUAAACAGGUUAUAUAUCAGUAAUAUAAACAAAUUUGGAGCCUAUGAUGUCUAAUAGUACAGUAAAUUUCCUUUAUUUAUCAAAUCUUUAUUAAAUUCUUACGAAUACAAAUUGUUUCAUAAUAAACAAAUGAUCUCUGAACUUCUGGUUGUCUUUGUAAUAAAGUUUAAAUUCUAAAAUUUAA